UUAUUCAAGAUUCAAAACUAGUAGUAAUAAAAGCUAAGCAAGUCUCAUUCUCUUCCUAAAGCUGUAUAAUCGAAAAGAGGAAACAUAAUUGACAUCGGAAAUCUCAAAAGACAAGUCGUUGGCAUUUUGUGUAAUUUAAUUAUAUAUGUUGAAUUGAGAAAAAGGGUAAAUUGUCAUCAACUUAUUCGACAGUUUAUAUAAAAAUAAAACCGAGUCACUCUUUCAUCGGAAGAACUUCCCUCCGGCCGAUUUUCUGACGCCGGCGAUACUCUAUCUCCUCUGUCUUUUUUUUCUUUUUGUUUCUCUCCGGUGAAGAAAAUGUUGGAGCCAUUACGAUUCUCCGCUUAACUUGUAAACCUUGAAAAGAAGAGGAAGAAUUUGAAAGAAAGGAAAAUGCUUUGCCGGAAAAGCUCAAGCUUUGUGGAUAGAGGCAAUGUUCCGGUUUAUCUCAAUGUUUACGAUCUAACUCCCAUUAAUGGCUAUGCUUACUGGCUUGGUCUUGGCGUUUACCAUUCUGGUGUUGAAGUUCAUGGUAUAGAGUAUGCUUUUGGAGCUCAUGAGUAUCCAAGCACUGGAAUUUUCGAAGGGGAGCCAAGGCAAUGUGAAGGCUUUACGUUUAGGAAAUCGAUUUUGAUUGGUAAAACGGAUCUUGGUCCUCUGGAAGUGAGAGCUACUAUGGAGCAACUUGCUGACAACUACAAAGGAAGUUCUUAUAAUCUCAUCACCAAGAACUGCAACCAUUUCUGCGAUGAAACUUGUAUCAAGCUAACUGGGAAUCCAAUUCCUAGUUGGGUUAACCGCCUUGCAAGAAUCGGUAAAAUCUCUGGCUUCAUGUGCAACUGUGUGCUUCCUGCGACCAUAAACGCGACCAGGUUUGGAAACAACAGGAUCAAUCAAGACAAAUCAUGUGAAGCAGAAUCUGAGAAGAAGAAACUGACCAGUGUAUCGAGCAGAGAGAGGUCUACUACGAUUGCUACUCCUUCGUCGUCUUCUUCAUCUCCUUCAGUUCAAGUCCGCGGUCGAAGCAGGAAAAGGCGUCCUCGUGCUCUGCAACCUUCAUCGCCUUUGACUCUCGGAUCUUCCUCCGUUUGACUAUAAAUAAAAAUGAAAUUUGGCUUUCGUAGUUAAAUCCAUUUUUGAUCUCUCAAUUAGAGAGACCACUCUGUUUUUCCUUCUCUUAAUUGCGAGUGUGCUUUGUAAUCUUGUUAAUAUGCAAACCUUCUUCUUUUCUUUCUGUAAUUUUAUUUACAUUUUCGUUUCAGAUUUUGGACAUUAUUUUUACAGUCAUAUAUCAAAUUCUCGUAAGUACAAA